ACUUGACAGCGCAGGAUUGAGUUUGACGAAGUGCUGUGUCGCUCCGCAGGCAGGGCAGUGUUUAGCUAGCAGCUAGCAUAGACUAACAACAGUAAGUCACCAGCACCAAAGUGGAGCUGAUGUGGACUGACUGGGUCCGACUUCUAAUUUACACAGCAGGCUGGAGAGAUUUUUUUUGACGUAGCAGUAAAUUUAACCUGCCACGGCUAAAAAUACACACUCGCCAAAUGUGAGUGUGGUGUUACUGAAUGAAUGGAUGUGAUUGGCCGGCGGGCUGCUGACCGGCUAGCUAACACCGGCAGCUGCCAGCUGCUGUAACUUUAGCCCAAACACAGAGGGGACAAUUACAGAAAAAAUGGCUGAGGCAGUGGCAAAUGUGGCAAGGAGGAUCAAUGCCACAGUGGAGGAGGGGAAAGAGAGUUUAGACCUGUCCAACUGCAAGCUGGUCAGUUUCCCAGACGGUGUAUUCAAGGUCCUCAGAAGUGUUACGGAAAACAUACAUCUAAUCACACUGGCUGACAAUGAGAUGAAGGCACUCUCCAGCAAAUUUUUUACAACCUUCACUCAGCUGAGAGAAUUGGAACUGCAAGGCAAUGUUCUCACCAAACUGCCUGAUGCUGUGGGGGAAAUGGAGCAUUUGACCAGCAUCAAUUUGGCUAAUAACAAGUUCUCCAUCUUCCCGGAGAAGCUUACAGAAAUAGCCACACUGGAGAGGAUUAACCUGGAGGGAAAUGACAUCACUGAAAUUCCAAUGGAGAAGUUGUCUGCCAUGCCAGCGCUGAAGUGGCUAAACAUCAAAUCAAAUCCUUUGGACACAGAUACACUAUCUGCUGUGCAGUCUCCCCACAAAUUUGACAUUUUGUCUACAGCAGAGGCCUAACAAAAUGUUGUACUUGACAUUUUCCCACGCAGAGACUCGAUUGCAUGCUGUGUGCCUUUCAGUAUUUCAGUGGGAUAAUUUCUUGUGCCUCACACAUGACAAUGCACAUUACCUUCAAACAUCAUGCUGCUGUGCAAGAGCCAAGCAAAUACAAGUGUGGAAAGAUUGGCAUCCUCUGUGCCAUCUUUACACACACCCUCCGUGUUGAGUUGACACCCUGUCGCCUCGACAUCAGCCUCUGUACGAGCUAGAAAUAGUGAAAGAGGAUAUUUGGAUGCUAUGCACUUGGAAAAUGAAAACAAUUUUAUAUGCCAGGUUUAUCAUGUUUUUGUCUCAUUUGAGAUUUUUGAAAUGACUUAUUCAUGAAAUUGUGUUUGAAAUGACUUUUUUGAUAGUGUGGAAGAAGUUUUCCAUUUUAAAGACUAUACACUUGCAGUUACACA